AUGGAGAUUAAAGACCAGGGAGCCCAAAUGGAGCCGCUGCUGCCUACGAGAAAUGAUGAAGAGGCAGUUGUGGAUAGGGGAGGAACUCGCUCUAUUCUCAAAACACACUUUGAGAAAGAAGAUUUAGAAGGUCAUCGGACACUAUUUAUUGGAGUUCAUGUGCCCCUGGGAGGAAGAAAAAGCCACCGACGUCACAGGCAUCGUGGUCAUAAACACAGAAAGAGAGACAGAGAGAGAGAUUCGGGAUUAGAGGAUGGAAGGGAGUCACCUUCCUUUGACACCCCAUCACAGCGGGUACAGUUUAUUCUUGGAACUGAGGAUGAUGACGAGGAACACAUUCCUCAUGACCUUUUCACAGAACUGGAUGAGAUUUGCUGGCGUGAAGGUGAAGAUGCAGAGUGGCGAGAAACAGCCAGGUGGUUGAAGUUUGAAGAAGAUGUGGAAGAUGGAGGAGAGAGGUGGAGCAAGCCUUAUGUGGCAACUCUUUCAUUACACAGCUUGUUUGAGUUGAGAAGUUGUAUUCUGAAUGGAACUGUGUUGCUGGACAUGCAUGCCAAUACUUUAGAAGAAAUUGCAGAUAUGGUCCUUGACCAACAAGUGAGCUCAGGUCAGCUCAACGAGGAUGUACGCCACAGGGUCCAUGAGGCACUGAUGAAACAGCAUCACCACCAGAAUCAGAAAAAACUCACCAAUAGAAUCCCCAUUGUCCGUUCUUUUGCUGAUAUUGGCAAGAAACAAUCAGAACCAAAUUCCAUGGAUAAAACUGCAGGUCAGGGUGUCUCUCCACAGUCUGCUCCAGCCUGUGUUGAAAAUAAAAAUGACGUGAGCAGAGAAAACAGCACAGUUGACUUUAGUAAGGUUGAUCUACAUUUUAUGAAAAAGAUCCCUCCAGGGGCUGAGGCCUCAAACAUCCUAGUUGGGGAGCUGGAGUUUCUGGAUCGAACUGUGGUUGCAUUUGUCAGGCUGUCUCCAGCUGUAUUGCUUCAAGGACUGGCUGAAGUCCCGAUCCCAACCAGGUUUUUGUUCAUUCUGCUGGGACCCCUGGGAAAGGGUCAACAGUACCAUGAGAUUGGCAGAUCGAUUGCAACCCUAAUGACAGAUGAGGUAUUUCAUGAUGUUGCUUACAAAGCUAAAGAUCGCAAUGACUUGGUAUCAGGAAUUGAUGAAUUUCUGGAUCAGGUUACUGUUCUUCCUCCUGGAGAAUGGGAUCCCAGCAUUCGUAUAGAGCCUCCAAAAAAUGUCCCUUCCCAGGAGAAGAGGAAGAUUCCCGCUGUACCGAAUGGAACAGCAGCUCAUGGGGAAGCAGAGCCCCACGGGGGACACAGUGGACCUGAACUCCAGCGAACAGGAAGGAUUUUUGGGGGACUUAUUUUAGAUAUCAAAAGAAAAGCUCCAUACUUCUGGAGUGACUUCAGAGAUGCGUUCAGCCUGCAGUGCUUAGCAUCUUUUCUGUUUCUCUACUGCGCGUGUAUGUCUCCUGUCAUCACAUUUGGAGGACUGCUGGGAGAAGCCACCGAAGGUCGUAUAAGUGCAAUCGAAUCUCUCUUUGGAGCAUCCAUGACUGGAAUAGCCUACUCUCUCUUUGGUGGACAGCCACUUACCAUAUUAGGCAGUACAGGACCAGUGUUGGUGUUUGAAAAGAUUUUGUUUAAAUUUUGCAAAGAAUAUGAGCUGUCAUACCUCUCUUUAAGAGCCAGCAUUGGACUUUGGACUGCAACACUCUGCAUCAUACUCGUGGCCACGGAUGCAAGCUCCCUUGUUUGCUAUAUCACCCGGUUUACUGAGGAAGCUUUUGCUUCUCUUAUUUGCAUCAUUUUCAUUUAUGAAGCCCUAGAGAAGUUGUUUGAACUCAGUGAGGCAUAUCCAAUCAACAUGCAUAAUGAUUUGGAACUGCUAACACAAUACUCGUGUAACUGUGUGGAGCCCCAUAAUCCCAGCAAUGAUACACUGAAGGAAUGGAGCGAGUCCAAUAUUUCUGUGUCUGACAUAAUUUGGGAGAACCUAACUGUGUCAGAAUGCAAGUCAUUGCACGGAGAGUAUGUGGGACGAGCCUGCGGCCACGAGCACCCAUACGUUCCAGAUGUUCUGUUUUGGUCCGUGAUCCUGUUCUUUUCCACAGUUACUAUGUCAGCCACCCUGAAGCAGUUCAAGACCAGCCGCUAUUUUCCAACCAAGGUUCGAUCCAUAGUGAGUGACUUUGCCGUCUUCCUUACAAUUCUUUGUAUGGUUUUAAUUGACUAUGCCACUGGGAUCCCAUCUCCAAAACUACAAGUACCAAGUGUUUUCAAGCCCACCAGAGAUGAUCGUGGCUGGUUUGUUACACCAGUAGGUCCAAAUCCAUGGUGGACAGUAAUAGCUGCUAUUGUUCCAGCUUUGCUGUGUACUAUUCUAAUUUUUAUGGACCAACAGAUUACAGCUGUCAUAAUCAACAGGAAAGAGCAUAAGCUAAAGAAAGGCUGUGGAUACCAUCUGGACCUAUUAAUGGUGGCUGUCAUGCUUGGUGUGUGCUCCAUCAUGGGCCUGCCAUGGUUUGUGGCUGCCACUGUCCUCUCCAUCACUCAUGUCAACAGCCUAAAACUGGAAUCGGAAUGUUCAGCUCCAGGAGAACAACCAAAAUUUCUUGGCAUUCGGGAGCAAAGAGUUACUGGGCUUAUGAUUUUUGUUCUCAUGGGUUCAUCAGUCUUUAUGACCAGUAUUCUGAAGUUUAUCCCUAUGCCAGUGCUGUAUGGAGUGUUUCUUUAUAUGGGUGCUUCAUCUCUAAAGGGAAUCCAGUUCUUUGAUAGAAUAAAGCUCUUCUGGAUGCCUGCAAAACACCAACCAGAUUUUAUAUAUCUAAGGCAUGUUCCACUUCGAAAAGUCCAUCUCUUCACAAUUAUUCAGAUGAGUUGCCUUGGCCUUUUGUGGAUAAUAAAAGUUUCAAGAGCUGCUAUUGUCUUUCCAAUGAUGGUGUUAGCUCUGGUAUUUGUAAGAAAGUUGAUGGACUUUUUGUUUACCAAACGGGAACUCAGCUGGUUAGAUGAUUUAAUGCCCGAGAGUAAGAAAAAGAAACUAGAAGAUGCCGAAAAAGAAGAAGAACAAAGUAUGCUAGCUAUGGAAGAUGAGGGUACUGUACAACUCCCAUUGGAAGGGCAUUACAGAGAUGAUCCAUCUGUGAUCAACAUUUCUGAUGAAAUGUCAAAGACUGCCUUGUGGAGAAACCUUCUGAUUACUGCCGAUAACUCAAAAGAAAAGGAGUCAAGCUUUCCUUCUAAAAGCAGUGAAAACCGAGAAGAAAAGAAAACUGACUCACAGAAAGGUGUUGACAGGGAGACUUGUCUAUGA